AUGGCGGGCUUUGACCCGGGGAAGAAGCGCUUCUUCACAUUGCUUGUUGCAAUCUCGGUCACUGUUUUUAUCGUCAAUAUAAUAUUAGUCUCUGGGACGGAUGUCAAAUCGAAAAUAAGAAAAAUUCCAAUUCCGAUACCUGGGAAGCAGAACGGCCAACAAACGCCAUCAGAUCCAAAUCUGCCAAAAUUGCCCUCAUGGUACCAUGACAAUGAGGUCUUCGAGGAGCAUGCCUCUGUCAACGACCAGCAUCCAAUUCUCGACUUGAUGCGAGACGCUGAUGAAGCUUUCCGAAUCUAUGAUGAGAGCAGAUCAAAAACAUUUAGGGAGACGGUCGCAAAGUAUAGGAGGAAAUAUGGCCGGCAUCCGCCCCCAGGAUUCCGCGAUUGGUACAAAAUGGCUAGAGACAAGAAUGUCUACAACGUAGACGACUUUGACCAGAUUAUGGAUGACCUACGGCCAUUCUGGGGGAUUGACCCAUUCGAGAUCAGAAACCUGGCAGGACACAUGAGUUCAGAGGAGCAUGGGGGUGUCUCUGGUCUUCACAUUCGAAACAAGAAGGUCUGGAGACUUACGAACCAGAACUGGCGAGUGGAGAUAAUGGCCAAAAUGGUCCAACCUUUCGUCAAAUAUUUACCGGACAUGGACAUUGCUAUGAACAGAUUGGACCAGCCUCGAGUGGUCGUUCCUUGGGACGACAUGCAAAAACUCCUCGAGAGCGAAAGAGCUACUAGGCAUGUAGCGCCAGAUGCAGCAGCCGAAUGGACUACCAACAUGGAAGGACUACUCAAGGACAAUGACACUGCUCCGGUUGUGAUCGACCCCGAGUGGUUCUCCAAACAUGGCCAGCAGUAUAUGUUGAUCGCGAAAGAAGGCUGCCCUCCAGAUUCUCACGCUCGCGAUCCCAAUUCUAAUCUGAGCUCGUCUGAAGCAUUGUAUAAGCACCCUCAGGGUGGUUUCGUUUCCAAUUUCAACAGAUCUUCUGAUCUUUGUACCGUGGGACCCGAAGUCCAGGGCAAGCAUGGGUUUCUCUUUGCCCCAAGCACCAUAAUUGCCAGCAAACGUCUUCUCCCUAUAUUUGGAGAAUGCAAGGUUAAUGUCAACAAUGAUAUAUUGUUCCCAGCCAACAUGUAUUACGCCGAUGACGUUCGAUACAGAUAUGAUUCUAAGUACGACUACGAUUGGGAUGAUAAGAAUGAUACUAUGAUUUGGCGGGGCGUCACUUCAGGCGGUACGAAUACCGCUGAGAAUUGGAGAGAUAUGCAUCGCCAGCGGCUUGUGCUCACCUCUAAUGGGACCGAAAUGGUUGGCAAAGAGGUUCUCAUCAUGACCGAGGACCCCAACAACCAAGGCUCUUACGUCAACUUCAAACAUUAUCAACCCAGCGAGUUCGCGCUCGACCACACAGAUGUUGGCUUCACAGAAGCUUUUGCCUGUGUGCCGGAUUGCGGCUUUUAUGAUGGUGUCUGGACUUACAAGAACAUGACGACUUUGAGCCAGCAAUUCGAAUCCAAGUUUGUCGUGGAUGUGGAUGGGCAUUCUUUCUCAGGACGGUGGCACGCGUUCCUUGAAAGUAAGAGUUUGGGCAUCAAGAGUACCAUUUUCCGAGAAUGGCACGAUUCGAGACUCUUCGCCUGGAGGCAUUUUAUCCCAAUGGACAACAGAUAUGACGACCUGUAUAGUAUUUUGACCUACUUUAUCGGUAUUGGGAAAAGAGCGAAAGCAAGCGACCAGCCUUACAUGCCGCGGCACGACUUUGAGGGCAGGAAAUUAGGGCGCCAGGGACGUGAAUGGGCGAAGAAGGUUCUACGAAAAGAGGAUAUCGAAAUUUAUAUGUUCAGACUUCUAAUCGAGUAUGCCCGUGUAAUUGACGACAAUCGGGACAUGAUCGGAUACUCGGGAGAUGGAAGUGAGCUCGAUAGAUAUGACUCGAAACACCCUCUGUCCCCUUCGAACAGUGGGCAUGCAUGA